CGCGAUCCGGUGUCUCGCGGCCGCACGCCACUCCGGGGGCCCACUGCUAGCGCCUCCCGUAGGCGUGGGUGGGUGGCGCCGGCGUAGCGUAGCGGUUCCUGCCUCUGCGUCAUCUGGCCGGCGGCUCCGCCCCUCGAUCCACCCCGCGUCCACGUUUUAACGGCUCCGCUCCUAACACUCGCCGCCGGCUGCGGCUGAGCUCAGACCUCAGACUCACUGCUCGUCCUCGUCCGUCCCUUUCCCCGCUCUUCCCUCCUUCCCAGUUCCCUCUCUUUCUGUGCUCUGACUGACAGUGACGAACCCCAUGGGCGCGGCGGCGGGGAAGCGGAAGCCCGUCUCAUCUCUGCUGCCAAUCUGGCUUCUCUGCCUCGUCUGCGGGUCGAGCGCGCAGCCGUACAUCGGCGUCAACUACGGCGAGGUGGCGGACAACCUGCCGCCGCCGGAGGAGACGGCGCGGCUGCUCAAGUCCACGGCCAUCUCCAAGGUGCGGCUCUACGGCGUCGACGCGGGGCUCAUCCGCGCGCUGGCCGGCUCCAACAUCUCCGUGGUGGUCGGCGUGGCCAACGGCGACAUCCCCUCGCUGGCCGCGGACCCGGCCGCGGCGUCCCGGUGGCUCGCCGCCAACGUGCUCCCGUUCGUCCCGGCGACGGCCAUCUCUGUCGUGGCCGUGGGCAACGAGGUGCUCGAGUCCGGGGACGCCUCCCUGGCCGCGGCGCUGCUCCCGGCCAUGCAGAACCUCCGCGCCGCGGCGGCGGCCGCGGGCGACGGCGCCGCGGGUGUCCGGUUCUCCACCGUCAACACCAUGGGCGUUAUGGCGCAGUCCGACCCGCCGUCCACGGGCGCGUUCCACCCGGACAUCGCGCCGCAGCUGCAGGGCAUCCUGGGCUUCCUCAGCAAGACCGGCGCGCCCUUCAUGAUCAACCCCUACCCGUGGUUCGCGUACCAGUCCGACCCGCGCCCGGACACGCUCGCCUUCUGCCUCUUCCAGCCCAACGCCGGCCGCGUCGACGCCGGGUCCAAGAUCAAGUACACCAACAUGUUCGACGCGCAGCUGGACGCCGUCAAGUCCGCGAUGGUGCGCGCCGGGUACGGGAACGUGGACAUCCUGGUGGCGGAGACGGGGUGGCCGACCAGGGGCGACGCCGGGGAGCCCGGCGCCUCGGUGGAGAACGCCAGGGCGUACGUGUCGAACCUGGUGGCCCACCUGCGGUCCGGCGCCGGCACGCCGCUGAUGCCGGGGAAGCCGGUGGAGACGUACCUGUUCGCGCUGUACGACGAGGACCUCAAGCCCGGGCCGACGUCGGAGCGCUCCUUCGGGCUGUACCACACGGAUCUGAGCAUGGCGUACGACGCCGGGCUGGCGUCGGCGGCCGGGGCCGCGGGCGGAGCGCCGGCGGCGGGACAGCCGAGGGCCAGCGGCGGGUGGUGCGUGGCGCGGGACGGCGCGUCGGACGCGGAGCUGCAGGCGGACCUGGACUACGCGUGCGCGCAGGUGGGCGUGGACUGCGGCGCCAUCCAGCCCGGCGGCGCGUGCUUCGAGCCCAACACGGUGCGCGCCCACGCGGCGUACGCCAUGAACCAGCUGUACCAGGCGGCGGGGCGGCACCCCUGGAACUGCGACUUCCGGGCGUCCGCCACGCUCACCUCCGACAACCCCAGCUACGGCGCGUGCGUGUACACCGGGGGAGGCCAAUGAUAGAAGCCACUGUGUUUAACCCCGGCAGCCACCUCCCGGCAGCGUGGCGCACGAUUCGUCCUCGGAGGACCAUGAUGAUUGACUCGGCGAGUGGAGUGUCGAUCUGGGCCUUACGGCCUGGACUCUCUGGAGGGACCGAAUAAAGCUUCGAAUAAUGGCGGUGGUUGUCGACUUGUCUCGUGGUGUAGGGACGCCAAGUGCAGUGGCGAAUGCAAAGCGUCCCCUUGUCUGGCUUGGUCGUAGCAGCAGCAGAAGUUUCCCCUUGGCUUGGCCGCUCCUUUCGAGCUGCCUGCCUAUGGCUUUGUGUUGGGAGAACAGAGGAUUGCUUUUGCUUGUGACAGUUGUGGUUCGCGCUUUGGGCAGGUUUGGGUUUGCGGCUUCGUGAAAACCGAGUGUCAGCUGCUGUGGCAGUGAUGGCAUGUGGGCAUGUGGCGCGUGUGUUAAUGUAUGCGUGUGUCUGUCCAUAAGUAGAAUUUGACUGAAUUGUUCAGAAAUUUUACCCUAAAA